AUGUCAUUUUCCCUUGUCUUUAUUCUUCUUAUUGCCUCAACCAUUGCGUCGCCCCUCGGUAGAGCAAACAAAAGACAAUCCCCUGGCGGGACAACACAAAAUUCAACGACAUUAACAAACUCGGAGAAUUUACCUACCGGUAUGAAAACACCAGUUAUUGCAUUUAAUUCACUUACCACGAAAACCACAAAAAUAACAUCAAUAACCACCCUUACCUCUACUCCAACUAUUAUCUCAACGACUACUCCAAAAACUACCUCAAUAACUACCCCAAAAAUUACCUCAACUACCAAUACUGCUAACCCUCAAACCACCCCAAAAAUUACCUCAACUACCAAUACUGCUAACCCUCGAACCACCCAAAAAAUUACCUCAACUGCCAAUACUGCUAACUCAAUUACCAAUACUGCUAACCCUCGAACCACCCCAAAAAUCACCUCAACUAUCAAUACUGCUAACCCUCGAACCACAGUGACCACUUCUUCGUUCCCAGCUAAUGGCAAGUUACCCGUGGUUGCAACUUCCGAUCUUAAAGUAACUACCGUUCCACUCACUUCUAAUCUUCCUGGACCCCAAUCGGCUGCUCCAACAAUUCAGAAAGUUCCUACUUCUAAUGCAUCCCCUACAUCUGUGUCCGGCGCACCCCCCACAUCCGUGUCCGGUGCAUCCCCUACAUCCGUGUCCGGUUCAUCACCUACAUCUGUGUCCCGUGCAUCACCUACAUCUGUGUCCGGUGCAUCCCCUACAUCUGCUCCUAUUAAAUCAAAUAAUGCACCAACUCAAAAACCAAAUUCUUCUAAAUCAUCAAUUACAAAAACCGUAUUUAGCACUGUUGCUACUUUUGUUCCAGGAUAUACUUCUGCGGUUAUGACUACUGAUUCUAAUGGUGAUGUAACUGUAGUAAACGCUUUCGUCCCACCAACCACUAUUGUGGCUGUUAAUUCGGUAGUGACCGCUGUACCUGCAGAUGACCAAAACUCCAUGGCCUUUUCUUCUGCAAAUAUUAGUUCAAGUUUCUGGGGAAUGGGGUUAAGUUUAGUUAUUGGUUUUAUGAGUUUUCUAUUAGUCGCUUAG